AUGGAUGAGUACUCGACCGGGUUUUGCAUUAGAACGGCGGCGGCGCGCGGUGGCGGAACGGGGAGCAAGUGCGGGCGUUGGAAUCCGACAGGGGAACAGGUAAAAGUUCUGACGGAGCUGUUCAAGUCAGGUCUCAGAACUCCCACUACUGAUCAGAUCCAAAAGAUUUCUGCAGAGUUGAGCUUUUAUGAAUUUGGAAGUGCGGAGAAAAAUGAGGCGGAGAGAGUGAUUGAAACGCUUCAACUGUUUCCGGUGAAGUCUCGAUUGUAUGCAGACGAUUGGAAAGAGAAUUCGUACAAUCAUGCUAUGGAAAUGGAUCAUCCCACCUUGGAUUUGAGAUUGAGCUUUGUUUAG